AUGCCAUAUUUGACACCUCCACUUUCAGUCGCCAGCCUCAACCAACCCGGGUCUCCACAGCAUUUUCUGCUGGACACUCUGUCGUCGCAGCCCGUCCAGAUGGCGGGCCAAUCCCUAGGUGCAGCGUACCAGCCCAUGCAGUCCGGCAGCCUCGAGUCCGAGAUGUCGUUACGGCUCAAGAACCAUAUUUGCAAGUCGUUCGAGGACGACUUGUUUUUCUGCCCACGCGGGCUGCUCUCGUCCCAGGAACUGUCCACGUGCCAGCAGAUGGACUUGCUCAUGCUGGAGCAUCUGCGUGAGUCUGCCGUCGACCCAAUGCUGACUGCGACUCCCAACAGCGACAGCGGCGCUGCCGCUGCUGCUGGCGUGCUGCACGCACACCCAAAGUUUAACCCUUACACGUCGCAGAGUUUCAGCCCGGCUCCCGCAGUGGUCGAACCCCACUCGCAUCCGCACUCAUAG